ACUAUAGCCUAGCCAACCUCUAACACUAUCUCAUCUUCGCGUGUUAAUUGGGCAAAGUUGAACCGUUGACUAUGUGUUGUAGUCAACGGAUCAUUGAUCAUAGUGCUUCUUUCUUAUCUCAUUACUUUUUGCUUCACAUCUUCCAACUACUCAUAAAUUCGCUAUGGACUCCCAUAAAGAAUUGAACCAAAAAUGGAAAUAUGAUGUUUUCUUGAGCUUUAGAGGUGAAGAUACCCGCAACAGUUUCGUUUCCCAUCUCCACAAACGUCUAGAAAACACAGGAAUCGACGUGUUCAAAGAUGAUGUGAAACUUGAAAGAGGAAAACACAUUGCAACAGCACUAAUAAAAGCCAUUGAAGAAUCAAGAAUUGCCAUAAUAAUAUUCUCUGAGAACUAUGUUUCAUCCAAAUGGUGUUUGGAAGAACUGGCCAAAAUUAUGGAGUGUGUUGAGACGAAGGGACAGGAAGUUAUCCCGAUAUUCUACAAUGUUGAUCCAUCACAUGUACGCACGCAAAGUAAUGGCGUUGCUAUAGCGUUGGGUAAACACCAAGUGGAUUUGAAGGGGAGUGAUGUGGGGAAGGUGCAGAGGUGGAAGGAUGCACUCUGUAAAGCAGCUAAUAUAGCAGGAUGGGAUGUUGGUAAAACUGCUAAUGGAAAUGAAGCAGAAUGUAUCGACCGGAUUAUAAUCGAGAAAAUCCAAAAUCUGCAUCGCACAGUUUCAGCUAAUGAGAAGUAUUUAGUGGGAAUCGACUCUCGUUCUGAUGGAGUGGAAUCAUUGUUGAAAGUUGGAUUAGGUGGUGUCCAUUUCGUGGGAGUGUGGGGGAUGGGUGGCGUGGGGAAGACAACAGUUGCAAGAAAAAUCUUUGACAGUAUUUCUAACCAGUUUCAAGGGUCUUGUUUUCUUGCAAAUGUUAGGGAAGAUUCUAAGAAGAAUGGGAUGAAACACUUGCAAAUGACUCUUCUUUCAAGAAUGCUAAAUGAAAAAUCUAUGAAUAUAGCAAGUUUCUAUGAAGGAGCUGACAUGAUUAAAAGAAAGCUUUGUCUCAGGAAGGUUUUAAUUGUUUUUGAUGACGUGGAUAAUGACCAACAGUUGGAGUAUUUAGUUGGAAAGCAUGAUUGGUUUGGUGAUGGCAGUAGAGUCAUUACAACAACCAGAAAUGCAGAUUUACUUCGUUGCCACGAUGAGUUAUAUUCUGUCCCCGAAUUGGCUAAAUGUGAGGCUCUUGAACUUUUUAGUUGGCACGCCUUUCAGAGAAGGACUCCGGACAAAGAGUUUUUUAAGCUCUCCAAGUCUGUAGUAGAUUAUGCUAAAGGCUUACCGUUAGCUCUUAAGGUCUUGGGUUCUUUUCUCUACAAACGAGGCAUAACUGACUGGAGAAGUACAUUGGAUAGACUCAAAGAUACUGGAUGCCAAGAAAUUGUUAAGCAGCUCAGCUUAAGUCUAGAUGGAUUGGCCUAUGAAGACAAAAAUAUAUUUCUUGAUAUUGCAUGCUUCUUUAGGGGAAAACGAAGAGAUGAAGUGAUAACAAUACUAAAUAGUUUUGGCUUCAAAUCAGAGAUUGGAAUGGAUGUCCUUACUAAAAAGUCACUUAUCUAUAUUUCUGAAGGAAUGGUUGAGAUGCAUGAUUUGAUAGAACAAAUGGGUCAGCAAGUGGCACGUGAUGUUGAUCGGGACAAACCAUGGAAUCAUAGUCGAAUAUGGCAUGAAAAAGAUAUAGAAAUUGUUUUUCACACAAAUCAGUGGACAGAGUCAGUUAAAGGCAUAAUGGUUCCAAUUGGCUCAGACCAACAUAUAUGCAAGUGGAGCAAAGCUUUUAGAAAUAUGCCUUGUCUUAGGUUACUCAUUGUCAAAGGGGAGGAGGUCCGACAUUACGAACCAGUUUCUGACACCAUCAAACAUCUCUCCAGUAGCUUGAAAUGGCUUGAUUGGUCUUACUACAGUUUUGAAUCUUUACCAGCAAGUUUUCAACCACGAAACCUUGUUGGGCUCAACAUGACUUUUAGUUCUCUUGUUGAAAUUUGCAAGGAACCAAAGGCAUUUGACAAGUUGACAAUUCUCAAUUUAAGUUUUUCAGAAAAUUUACUCCGAACACCCAAUUUUUCUGGGAUUCCAAAUCUGCAGAGAAUUGUACUGAAAAGUUGUUUAAGCUUGGUUGAGGUUCAUCCAUCCAUUGGCAAUCUCAAAAAGCUUAUUUCUCUGAACAUGACGAACUGUAAAAAUCUCAAGUUCUUACUAAGCAGUAUUCAAAUGGAAUCUCUUGAGAGCCUCAAUCUCUGUGGUUGUGAGAAAUUAGAAGCUCUUCCAGAAAUUAAGGGAAAUAUGGAAUCACUAUCAGAGCUUCUUUUGGGAUGUACUGCAAUUCGGGAACUGCCAUCAUCAAUAGGAAGUCUACUUGGCAUCAUCUUGCUUGAUUUUCAUUCAUGUGAAAAUCUUGUAAGACUUCCAGCCAGUGUUAGCAAGAUGAAAAAACUGAAAGUUUUGAUUCUCAAAGGCUGCUCAAAUCUGUCCACUCUCCCAGAGAGCCUGGGUGAUCUUGAAGAGUUGGAGCAGCUCUAUGCGGGAAACACUGCCAUUUGGCAACUACCAGAUUCUAUGGAAAAGUUAAGCAAACUUAAAAUCCUAUCAUUAAAAAGUAGACGGGGGAUAAAGUCUCAGUUUGCGACAGGUAUGAUAUUCCCUUGUGCAUUUAAUGGUUUGAAGGAAUUGAGAAGUUUGGAUCUCAGUGGAUGCAAUUUAUCUGGUGAUGAGAUUAAUGCCCUUACAUGCUUGACUACUUUAGCGGAACUAAACCUGAGCAGAAACAAGUUUAUUUCUCUACCUGAUAGAAUCAGUCAACUUUAUCAACUUCAAUAUCUCGACAUAACACACUGUCAAGAACUUAAGCAACUCCCCAAACUUCCUCGAAGUAUGAAGGAAUUGUAUGCAGAAGAUUUUCUGGCCAAACAAAGUAUUCUAGCUCUGUCGAUAUACCCAAGGUUGUAUUUGGUCUCGUUCACCAACUAUAGUUUUAAUCUACAACCAUAUACAGAAAAGAGAAAUGAUAACUCAGUUUUGGAUCAGAUUCUCAGUUUGUCUUUAUCAGACACCAGUGAUGAUAGGAUGUCUUAUUCUAUUAUCUUUCCUGAGCAUGCAAUUCCUACAUGGUUUAAACAUCAGAGUAUUGAAGAAAAGAUCUUGCUCAAACUGCCUCAAGAUUGGUAUGAUAAUAGGUUCAAGGGCUUUGCUAUAUGCUGUGUCACUUGCAUGGGGGCAGGUGUCAACGAUCCUGAUUCAGGGCUAUCAGGAAAGUAUGACCAUACUUUCAUCAAAGCCAAAUUGUUAUGCAAUAAUCAUCCAGAAGAGCUUAAAGUGCUUGAGAAAGAAUGUAAAGUCAGUACCACGUCUAGAAAUUAUAGCUGGUGUGUGUGCUUUGCCUACGUACCAUUGCGUUCUUUCCUGCAGUUUUCUGACUCAGAAGUUAGAGACUUUAACCAGUAUGGCGUAUUCGAGGCAUCAAUCCAAAGGAAAAUCACGAGACAAUGGGGAGUUCAUUUGAUUUACAAGUCUGAAAGACAAUUUUUCGAGAGCAGAACUGAGAAAGAGUUGUUUGCUGAGAAGUUGAGUCAAUCAUUAAUAAUAGAAGUUGAAGCAACAUCAUUUGCGGAAACAGUUCAAGCGUAUACCAGCUGCGACAGCUUCAGGAGUCAGCUUCAGACCCCCUAUCUAAGGAAUGACCCUACGGCAGGCGAGACUGAACAAGCUGGUACCUUCGAGGGAUUAUCAAGAGGUCAAAUUUAAGGCAACUAGAUAAAUGCUUAUUAUUUCUAAUGUAAAAAUAGUUUUUAAAGUACGUUAGAUUUUGAAUACAAUGAAGAAUUUGGUUGAACAAAUUUUUAAAGAAUUAGGUAAAAUAAUAGUAAUUGAAUUAAAAGUUGUUAAAUUAA